UCAUAAAUAAAUAUUACACCGUCCAUACCAUCUCCUUCCUUAGCUGCUACUUGCCGCUUUUCAUUUUUUUUCUUAUCUGUUGAUUUAAAGAAGGGAAGUCUUGAUUGAAGGGUUCACUGGCGCGCAUUGCACGACACUUAAUCAGCCAGAAGACUUUGUUUGGAAGGAAUUGAAAGCUGUUCUCGACUGGUAGCUGCGAUUGAAGUUCUUUUUCAAGCUUCAAGAAGAAGAUCGUCCGUAAGUUAUCAAAUAGGCAAUUAAUUUUGUUGAUUCAAGGCAAGUUUACGGCGAUUUUGUAAAGUUUAAGAAACGAGAAAAUGAUGGAUUUCUUUCGUGUUUUUACUGUCUUCAUUCUUGCGACGUGCCAUGGACUGCCUUAUAUAAAAACAUCUGGAGAAAGACGGUCAGUUCAGUCUGGAUACGGUGAUGAAAAAGACAAGCCAAUUUUCCAUCCAAAAACGAACAUGCAAAAUAAUGCUUCCAAUGAUUCUUUUACAAAUGGUGCAAUUGAUGUUUUAAUUGCUACAACUGAAUUCCCGACUGGUAGUGCAAAGAAUUGGCACACAGAUAGUGUUUCUGACAAAUCUACGGAUGAUGUUACUGAUAUAUUAACUUAUACUGUUACCAACUUUACAACUGUUAUGGUUUCGUCAACGGCUUCUGCAGUUGAUCCUGUGACUCAUACGCCUUCUGAUAAAACACCUGACGAUUCAACCAAGCCAUCAACCCAUGCACCUAUUGUUAUGGUUUCGUCAAAGGAUUCUGUAGUUGAUCCUGUGACUGAUACACCUUCUGAUAAAACACUUGACGAUUCAACUAAGCCAUCAACCCAUGCACCAACUGUUGUGGUUUUGUCAACGGAUUCUGUAGUUGAUCCGGUGACUGAUACACCUUCUGAUAAAACAUCUGACGAUUCAACCAAGUCAUCAAACAAUGCACCUACUGUUAUGGUUUCGUCAACGGAUUCUGUAGUUGAUCCUGUGACUGAUACACAAUCUGAUGAAACACCUGACGAUUCAACUAAGCCAUCAACCCAUGCACCAACUGUUAUGGUUUUGUCAACGGAUUCUGUAGUUGAUCCUGUAACUGAUGCACCUUCUGAUAAAACAUCUGAUGAUUCAACUAAGCCAUCAACCCAUGCACCAACUGUUGUGGUUUUGUCAACGGAUUCUGUAGUUGAUCCUGUGACUGAUACACAAUCUGAUGCAACACCUGACGAUUCAACCAAGCCAUCAACCCAUGAACCAACUGUUGUGGUUUUGUCAACGGAUUCUGUAGUUGAUCCUGUGACUGAUACACAAUCUGAUGCAACACCUGACGAUUCAACCAAGCCAUCAAUCCAUGAACCAACUGUUGUGGUUUCGUCAACGGAUGCUGUAGUUGAUCCUGUAACUGAUGCACAAUCUGAUAAAACACCUGACGAUUCAACCAAGCCAUCAACCCAUGCCCCGACUGUUGUGGUUUCGUCAACGGAUUCUGUAGUUGAUCCUGUAACUGUUACACCUUCUGAUAAAACAUCUGAUGAUUCAACCAAGCCAUCAACCCAUGCACCGACUGUUGUGGUUUCGUCAACGGAUUCUGUAGUUGAUCCUGUAACUGUUACACCUUCUGAUAAAACAUCUGAUGAUUCAACUAAGCCAUCAACCCAUGCACCAACUGUUAUGGUUUCGUCAACGAAUGCUACAAGUGCUUCACCUUCUGAUACUACAACUACUUCUACUGAUACUACAACUGUUUCACCUUCUGAUACUACAUUUGCUUCACCCAUUGGUACAACAACUUCUUCACCUACUGAUUCUACAACUGCUUCACCUACUAAUACAACAACUGCUUCACCUACUGAUACUACAACUGCUUUACCGUCUGAUACUACAACUGCUUCACCUACUGAUACUACAACUGUUUCACUUACUGAUACUACAACUGCUUCACCUACUGAUACAACUACUGCUUCACCUACUGAUACUACAACUGCUUCACCUACUAAUACUACAACUGCUUCACCUACUGAUACAACAACUGCUUCACCUACUGAUACUACAACUGCUUCACCUACUGAUACUACAACUGCUUCACCGUCUGAUACUACAACUGCUUCACCUACUGAUACUACAACUGCUUCACCUACUGAUACAACAACUGCUUCACCUACUGAUACAACAACUGCUUCACCUACUGAUACUACAACUUCUUCACCUUCUGAUAUUACAACUGCUUCACCUACUGAUACUUCAACUGUUUCACCUUCUGAUACUACAACUGCUUCACCUACUAAAUCUACAAAUGCUUCUUCUACUAAUACUACAACUGCUUCACCUUCUGAUACUACAGAUAAACCUUACAAUGCUGAAACAUACAAACCAAGUAAGAAGCAAAGCAAUAUUACAUAUAAUACACCUGCUAAUACAGUUACUGAUGUCCAAACAAAUGAGACAGAGAUUGAAUCAAAUCAUACUCAAACUAAUAAAGAAAAUAAUAUCGUAUAUAUUUCACCGACUGUAGCUCGUACAAUCGCUCAGUCACUUUUUGUCGGUACGAGUGGAAACAUUGAAGCUCAGAAAGUAUUAACUAAACCAACAGCAUUCAGUAAUAGGGCAACGGAACCGCCAAAAAACAAUGUUUUUGGAUCUGAUAUUAGAUACGGGUUUUGUGAGCAAAAAUAUAAAGUACAGUUCAGAGGUCGUUUUAUUGAAUGGCUAGCUAUUACAAAAGCUGAAGAAGAAGCCAAGAAUAAUAAAACCUUUGACGUCACGAUUUUCACACGAGAUUUUCGCCGGUCUAAUAAACUGGACGAAUCAACUUCUGAAUUGCUAACGUGGAAAUUUAAUCAACUUGACUCGGAUAAUGACGAUGUCGUCGUAAACCGUGAGUUGGAAGCACUGAACGGUCUAUUUCUAAGAGAAUCUUGUUUAUAUGAUGUGUUGAGUUCGUGCAAACAGCGGAAUGAAUCAUUUAUCACACGAGAUGAAUGGAGGAGAUGUUUUAUGAAAGCUAGAAAUUACAGGGGGCGACAAAGUGAUUACGAUCUUCUUCACUAUUUUGGUUAUCUAUAGAAUGGUUUAUUGUUAUAAAAUAUUGUUGUUACAUUAGCAACAAAGAUGAUUUCCUGCUAUUACUGCCAUUCAUUCCACUGUCGACACGAUACAUAUCGAUAUUAAAUGAGAGUCGCUGAAAUACUUUUCAUCAAAGAAUACCAUCCAUUAUAGAGACUGCAACACGACUGUGAUUAUUUUAAGUCGCAACAGGAAGGAAAUUUUUUUCUAAUCGUGCAGCAAUCUGCACAGGCACGUAUGUUUGCAGCAAAUUCCUGGUUUUAUAGCUGCUCAUAGUUGAUGCUGAUGUUUAAACUUUUUCUAAAAUCCUUUGGUGAUUAGCGAUGUACAAAGAUUGCUAUGUUAUUUAUCAUAUUGGCGUCGUGGGAAAGUUUUACUCAAAAAAGAAUGGUUUUUCGCUGGAAGAACAGAAAGCGCUUGCUUUUUCUUGAAAUUUUUCUCUUCCUGAAUACUUUUUUAAUUGAUGCACAACAAAUAUCGCUGGUGUUUAACACAAUUUCAUUUGGUAUUUGCAUUUGUUAAAACAAAUGACAAAAUGAUCAUCAGAUUGAUAUCAUUCAUUUACACUCAAAAUUGGGUUAAGAUAAUUGAUUAUGAAAGUCAAUAUCCACGAAAGAAAUGCGUUGAAGGAAUUUUCUCCUAAUUUCUAAUGCAAUAUCAGUUUCUAGAAAUAAUUUACUGUCGAAUAAGAGCAAAAUAAAAAAUAUUUUCUUUAGUAUUUAGCAAAUUUUGAACGAAAAUAAUUGCAUAAAGAAAGGAUUAUAAAUGAAA